GCGGCCCAAGCCUCACAUCAUGAAGUCAUCUUGGAUGAUCAGAUGACCUUGGGAUGCCCGCAAGGCAUACCUCGCUAGAAUUUCCAGACCUCUGCCCAAUCGCCAUCGCUUUCCCCUUCCACUCCGCGCCUAUUAUCCUCACGUGCAUACCACCUGCUCGACGCAAUUCCCCACCCGCCCGCCCGGCACCAACCUCCCCGAUGGCAACAGCCACCGCCACCGCCGUGGCGUCCCCGUCCACCUCCUCGCGCCUCCUCCGCCGAUUCCUCCCUCCAAAAUCCACGGUCGCACUCUGCCUCGCACCACCGCGGUGUCGCGCGCGCCUCCGCACAGCGCGCCAAGUUGCCGUCAGCAGCAACGUGUCCCCAUCUCCUGAUGUGGUGGACGAGGAGGCAGCGGCGGCGCCGAAGCUCGGAAAGCGCGUGCGCGUCACGGCUCCUGUUCGCGUCCACCACGUCUCCAAGGCGCCGGACCUGGACCUCCGGGGCAUGGAGGGUGUGGUCAAGCAGUAUGUCGGUGUCUGGAAGGGCAAGCGCAUCACGGCCAAUCGCCCCUUCAAGGUGGAGUUCGAGCUCAAGCUGGACGGACAGGCCAAGCCGGUCCGGUUCUUGGCCCACCUCCGGGAGGACGAGCUCGAGUUCGUCGGAGACGAAUAGGGCCCUCUGUUGUAGAAUAAUGCGACCUUGGGGGCGGAUGCAGCUUAUGUACACUAAGAGAAGAGGUUGAAGAGGUUGCGAGGAGAUACCAGUAAGUCGAUGGUUGUUUACUUCUCCUGUGCUGUGCUCUUCAUCACUCUUUUGUUUAACAUCAAAAUUUUCAGAUGUGAGAAUUGUUUGAGAUGAUGACGAUUAUGAAAGAAAGCAGUUAUACUGAUGGUUUCUGUUGUUGGCUGUGUUCAAUAAUUUGUUCUGUUGAGUGUCAAAAUAGUGUUACUGCAAGGAAUUUGCCCUAGAUUUAAUAAUGGAUGGUUGGAUACCAA